CUCUGCAUUGUGGGAGCUCAGCGCCCGGAUCAGCCCGCGGGGGAGUCGGCGCGGGAGGCGCCCCCGGGCAGGAUUGCGGCACCGGGAGCAAGAGCGUCUCAGCCUCGCGUGUCAGGUGCCCUCGGACCUGGCGGGCCCCGCGGGUUGAGUUUCGGCAUGUAUAAGCCCAGCAUGAUCUCCUGGUUGGAGCAGGAAGGCCUGAGGACAGUGGAGAGGGGCGUCCUCCAAGGGUGGGAACUACAGCUGCAAAACAGAGAGUCUGCUCUUGAGCCCUUUGAUGCUGAAAAGGAACCGUCCAUUAGGAUAAAAACGGAGCGGAUCGAGGACUGGGAGGUAUACGAGUGCGCGCAGUACGGGAAAGACUUCGGCGCCCCCGGGGAGACGCCGCCAGAUGGAGAAGAGGCCGCCUCGGAGGACGAGGAGGACAGAAAAGGCCUCCCGGGCCCCAGGCGAAGACCGUCCCCCGGGAAGGCCUUGCUGGAGUCCGCGGGAGCGGAUGAGGCCCUGGACCGGAAGCCCUUCUACUGCGAGGACUGCGGCGUGUUCUUCCUCAACGCCGCCUGCUUCCGCGUCCACCAGCAGGUCCAUGCCGGCGCCGGCCCCUUCCGGUGCCAGGAGUGCGGCAUCGACUUCAGCUGCGCCGCGCACCUGAGCGCCCACCUGCAGGCACACGCCGAGAUGGGUGGCUACGAGCGCGGGGCCGCGGUGGACGCCCGGGCCCAGCCCCCCGAGGCGGCCGGCGAGGCGCGGGGGGCGGAGGACGACGACGAUGCCGAGGAGAAGACUUUCAAGUGCGACAAGUGCUGGCGGGCCUUCAGCACCUUCUCCAAGCUCACCACGCACUUCCGCACGCACACGGGCGAGAAGCCCUUCCAGUGCAACGUGUGCGGCAAGACCUUCACCACGUCGUCCUACCUGAGCAUCCACAAGCGUGUGCACACGGGCGAGAAGCCCUACGUGUGCCAGGAGUGCGGCAAGGCCUUCACGCAGUCGUCGGUGCUCACCAAGCACCUGCGGGUGCACACGGGCGAGAAGCCCUACAAGUGCAAGGAGUGCGGCAAGGCCUACGUGAAGUCGUCGGGGCUCAUUGAGCACAUGAACGUGCACACGGGCGAGAAGCCCUACACGUGCCGCGAGUGCGGCAAGGCCUUCGUGAAGUCGUCGGGGCUGACGCUGCACAUGAAGAUCCACACGGGCGACAAGCCCUACCAGUGCGACAAGUGCGGCCGUGCCUUCUACUCCUCGUCCAACCUCACCAAGCACUUCCGCACGCACACGGGCGAGAAGCCCUUCCAGUGCAACAUCUGUGAGAAGACCUUCACCACCUUCGCCUACGUGGCCAUCCACAAGCGCUCGCACACGGGCGAGAAGCCCUACGUGUGCAAGAAGUGCGGCAAGGCCUUCACAGCGUCCACACGCCUCACCAAGCACCUGCGCUCGCACAACCGCAAGAAGUACGAGUGCGACCUGUGCGGGAAGAGCUUCGCCAAGGCCUCGUGCUUCCUGGGCCACAAGCGGGGCCACGCGGGGGCGGGGGCUUGCGCCUUCCUGGACACCACCAGCCUGACGGCCCACGCCAAGACGCACGCCGAGGAGAAGCCGUUGGCUUGCGCCGAGUGCGGCCCGGGCUACGCCAAGCCGGCGGGGCUGGACGGCCACCCACGCGGCCACGCGGGCGAGAAGCCCUACGCGUGCCAGGAGGGCGGCAAGGCCUUCGCCUCCUCCACGCACCUCACCAGCCACUUCCGCGCGCACACGGGCGAGAAGCCCUUCCAGUGCAACGUGUGCGGCAAGGCCUUCGCCUGCGCGUCCUACGUCACCCUGCACAAGCGCUCACACACGGGCGAGCGGCCCUACGAGUGCCGCAAGUGCGGCCGCGCCUUCACUGCGUCCGCAUGUCUCCUGAAGCAUCUGCGCUCGCACACCGUGUAGACGGCCCCCGACGGGGGGGGGGGACCCCCCGCGACCCACCCCAUCCCCCCCCCGCCCCGGGGUUUGCUGUAUCCUCAGGCUCGGUGCUCGCGCGCGGGAAGCCAAGCCGGAGCAGCCUCCAGGCCGUCCUGGGCGCGCUUCGGCCCUCCUUGGCGCUUUCGGCCCGCUCCGUUUUCUCUUUCGUUCUUUAGAAUGUCCCGGAGGUGGGAGAAUCUUAAAACAGCGUCAUCUCUGCUGGUGGGAAAGACGCAGGAGCGGCGGUUGGGGGAGACGCCCCCACUCCCCCUCCUCCCCCCCUCACACUUGGUGCCGCGUCUCCACAUCUCCCUCUGUCCCCCGGGCUCAUGGGAUCCGACCAGGUUUGGAGGUUCCAGCAAAAGGGUCUCUCCAAAGGGCCGCGUGCUCUUCGUCCAGGGCGCGCGCCCUGCCUGCCUCUGCCCGGUUUCUCUGGGGGUCAUGGCCAGGCCUCACUGGUUCCCUCAAGACUGAGAAGGUGGGGAUGAGUCUCCUGGCCACUAGGUCAGUGGCACCUGGAGCAUGGGAAGCAGUGGCUAGGGGCCUGGGGAGUUGGGGAGUUUGUGGGGGCCCCCAAGGUAAGGUCCUCCCAGGAGGAGGCAUCUCCAGGCACCUGCCGCCACGUCCAUGAACAUGGACAUUGCAAUCCUGGUCCUGCAGGACCUGGAGAUGCAGAGAGGGUCCCCGAGAGUGUGAGGCCUCAGCGGCUUCUCAGAUGAGUCCGGGGCGCCCUCUGGGUGGGCUUGGGACAGACCUGCCUCGAGCCACACCAGCACGAACUGGUUGUGUCCUGUCCCCAGCAGGCUUCUGUGUGCCCCAGACCCGACAGGACUGGCCACAUCCACAGGGAAGGGACUCAGGCCUGGGCGGGCAGCACAUCUGGUAUGUGUGGAAACCGCAGACUCGAGUCUUGAGCCUCCACCCCCCCGAGAAUGGCCGGGUCGCAUUCAAACUUGGGGUUGGUGAGUCAUCCCCCCCACCUCAAGAUAGAGGAGCUUUGUGUCCAAGGAAGCGGGAGGGUAGUGGGUGCUUGUCCCCCCAAAUACGCUGCCCAGCCCGGCCAAACCUGCCCCCCCACCCCCACCCUGCUGCCUUUGUUGGUGUGAGAGGCGAAUCCAGGUGCUCAUCCCCCUGAGUGCCAGGACCCAGACACCCCUGGCACAGCCCCCUUCCUGGGUGAGCACCCCACUUUGUCUAGGAUGUGGGGGCACAUACGAAGAGCUUCCAGAUGAAGGGAGGGUGGGGAGGUGAGUGUGUGUUUGUUAGUUGCCUAGUUUGUGAGUCCAGCAGAGGUGAGGUGAAGCCGUGGGGGGCCCGAGUCGGGAUUUUGCAUGUGAAAUGGACAUACUUGUGUGUGAGUCAUGUUUGAGUCUCUGGGACUGGGGGGUCUCCCCCCCGCACCAGGAGAGGCUCAUUCCAGGCAAGACCCCCGCCCGUCCCCCCACAAAGGUGUCCAGGUCGCAAAAAGACCAACACAGUGAUUCACACACCAGCGGUUCAGUCCCAGCAAAGGGAAGUCCCUCGUGGACAGCCGUGUUCCGGCCCACGUCGAGGCUUUGCUGAGACCUCGGCUUCCGGUCUGUCUUCCGUCCAUCUGUCCGUUUGUACGGGUGCAUACUGCAGUGCUUCAGUUGCUGACACACUCCUUCCAUCGUGUGGUUCUUUCCCCGCCAAUCUGUCUCCUGAACCAAGCUCCACAGCGCCCCAGGACACUGGCUUGGGGGGUUUCUGGCAGCUGUUUGCAGGUCUCAGCUCUCACCUGGGAGGGAAAGGAGAGGGCAGCAAUGGUGCAAGGGUCCUGGGCACGGGGCUCGGGUCCCCUCACUGCUUCCCUCCCCAAUAUGCAGCCCAGCCUGGGCCCCGGUUUAAUUUCUCCUUUUCUUUCUUUUUCUUUUUUUAAGUUUUUGGGCCACAUCCAGCACUACUCAGGGCUUACUCCUGGCUCUGCACUCAGGGAUCACUCCUGGUGGUGCUCGGGGGAGCCUGGGCGGGGCUCGAACCUGGGUGGGUUGUGUGCGAGGCCAGGGCCCUCCCUGCUGUCCUAGCGCUGCAGCCCCCGGGCCUCAGUUUAGCACUGAGGAAGCUCUGGCAGGGGUGAGCAAGCACAAACCACGUGCUGUCCAGCACCCCCAUGGGGGCGGUCCAGGACACCCAGGAACCUGUAACAUGGACCCUCAGGAGAGCGAAUUCCCUCAGCAGGCCCCGGCUGCUGGCAGCCAGGCCUGGGAGCAGCCGCGCUCUGAGUGGGGGGGACACCGAGGGCAAAUUAUAGGCCGUGCACUGAGCUGGCCCCCCACACCAGACCCCCAAACCAGGAACACAGGGCGCUGGGGCAGGGGCCCCACAUUUGCCACGGAGCCCCCCCCACCAAGAGCUCGCUGUGACCAGGCCAUGCUGAGAGCCAGGAGCUGGUGCUGCAGCCGCUGGGUGGGCAGCCCGGCCUGGAGGAAGGGGCGAGGCGCCACCAAGUGCCCACACAGUCCCCGCAGCCACCUCAACUCACACUAGCUCACCCCGCCUCCUGCGCCCAGGCCUGGGCUUGAUGUCAUGUGGCUAGGGUGGGCAGGAAGCAGACGGAUCCUCCUGGGAGCACUGGGGGAAGCUGAACCCAGCUGGGACCUCAGAGACACCGCCAGCUUCCUGCCUGCCCACCAGAAUAUCAGAAAUCAGACUGGAUGCAUGGGGGUGGGGGCACAUGACAGGUAGAGAAACUGAGGCAGAAAGGGAAGGGGCGUGGCAGCCUUUGAGCCUAAGCUGGUAGGAUCCCUCCCCCCUUCACCAGAGGGGACGUGGGGGAGCAGGUGGGGCAGGCGAGUGAGUUCUCCGGCUUCUCUGCUCCCCACAGGCAGUUUGGAGAGAAUGUCGCCCAGAACCCAGCCAUGCAGCUGGCCAGGCCUCAACCCCGAGGAUGAACCUUCCAGAAGCACAGACAGCCCCAGGGGGGAGGGGGCCCAGCUGGAGGGGGGCCUGGGGGGCUAGGAACUCAGGGUUUGGCAAAGAAAGGGGUGAGCGUUGAGUGGGCACCAGGCACUCCCACCUGCCCCCCAGAUCCUGUGGUCCCAGACACUGGGGCAGUAGGACGUCGCUGUCAGCCCUUCUGCCUCCAAGACCCAGUCGGCAGGGGGGGCGGGCGGUGGAGGGGUGGCCCCUCAUAUAAGCCCUAGCAGGGAAGCUGGCAGGCCUGGGGACCUCCCGGGACGCCCAGGGGGCUCAGUCCAGCCCCCCACAUACUGUCCCAGCAGGGUCCCCAGUGCAGGUGCGAAGGUGUUCUGUUUCAGCCUGUGGGUUUGAUGAGUUUCCAGGGGGGACUUUGAGAUAUGUGUAUAUGUGUGUGUGUGCGCGUUUUGCCUCUGUUUGUGAGGUGCCUCUGCCAGGGGUUUGCAGACUCUCGCUGUCAUUUCACGUGGGAUGGGAGUGUAUCUUGGAGAGAACUGUUCCUCCCGUUUUUCCCGCUGGUUUCACCCUCUUCCUUCGGAGGAUUCUGUAUCUUACUGUCUCAAAACCACCACCAACGACAAACCACGUUUCAUUCAGGAUUGUUGAGAAUUUUGUACCAAGCUCUUCCUUUUACUGUUCUCUGUCAAUUUUCUAGUGUCCUAUGUCUGAUGCAUUUACCCUUUGUCUAGAUUCACGUGCCCUGCAGCCUUGUGAAAUAUAUUCAUUUUGA